AUGUUGUGCAGCGCCGCGCAGCCGCGGAGGAGCGGAUGGGCGGAGGGGGGCGACGCCCGUCCGGCCGCGCUCCCCGCUCGCUCUCCGCCUCCUCCUCCUCCUCCUCCUCCUCGCCGUCUUCCCGCAGCUGCGGGUAGGCGGGGCGAGGGGAGCGGUGGAGUGCGGGGGCGCGGGGAGGAAGGGACCGGUUAUGGUGGAGCGGAACGCGAGGGCGCGGUGGUGGCGGUGAGGACAGCGGAGGCGGCGGGGAGGAAUGCGGUGGGCGUCUCCAGUGGUCUGGUCACGCACGGCGCGGAGCGGGAUGCUCGCCCUGUGGAGGAAAGAGGAAACAGCGGCGGUGAGCUUGGGAAGAAGAGGGUGUUGGAGCAGGCCGCGCGUUCGCCACCUCCCAAGUGGAGGGCGGUGUUCGCUAAGCGCAAUUUUCCCCCAGGUUGCGGAAGGGAUACGGCGGUUCCACUCGGCCGCGGGCGCGACCACGGCCGCGAUGGUGGUGUUCGUCCGUUGGGUAGGACGACUGCAAUUCCUCUCGCUGGCAGUGAAGAUGGCUUGCUGUUGGAUGCCGCUCCUGCCACUGCUGUUCUGGAUGUGGUGGAGAAGGUGGCGUCUGCAGAUGGUGCUAGUUCAAUGGUGAAUGUAGAACAUGGUGAUGUGGUGGAUGCCGUUUUGAUGAAAUCUUCACACGGUUCGGAUGAGAAUCAGAUGGCCUGCAAAAUUGGUUCAUUGGAGAAUGGUGCAGAAGGGGCAGCGAGUGGAAAAGGAGCAGACAGUGGUGAAUUGCUGGGAAGGAAGGAAGUGUUGGUUCAAGCUGCACAUUUGCUUCCCAUGUGGAGGAUGGUGCCUGCGAGGCGCCGCUUCCCUCCUGGGUGUGGGAGGGACGUGGUGGCUCCACUCACUGGUGGAGAAGAAGGUAAGGCGGUGACUAUGGUUAGCGGUGAUAAUUCGGUUAACCAGUGUGCCCCUAACACUGUCGGAGCUCUGAACGUGGGCGUUUUGGGGGAAACAGUACAGAGGCAGGAAUUGGAAGAGGGUGAGGUGGUUGAUGAGGCAUGCGAAGUUCAAGAGUCACAAGAAGUUGCUGGUUGUGUUGGCUUGGAUGAGUCUGCAGGAGGAAGACAAAAAAGUGUUGUUCAUCUAACUUCUGAUGAGGUGACGCGAAUUAUGCCGUUACAGGAAGGGUGUAAUGAUGCUGCGCUGGCAACUGAAAAUGACUUGUCCAUGGGCCAGAAAUGUGAAAGGAUCUUACUUGAUGCUUCUUCUAAAUGUUCGUUUGAUGGUCCUCAAAAUGAAAUUGUUCAGGGCAAGAUAGUGUUGCAGAGUAAUGGCAUGAAAGGAAACAUUCCUAGUCUUUCAAUGGAAGAUCCUGGCUCCAUUGCUCAAAUUGAACAAGAACUGGAUGAGGAGAUGACUACAAGGGAAUGUCAUGCUGCUCAGGAGUGUCAAGUUGCUACCGGUCUUAUCACACAUGAACCUGCAACUAGUAGACACAAAGGAACUAUUCCGGCAAAUAGUGCUCCUGAACUUUUUAUUAGACAUUCUUCUAAUGUGGAGCGAUGUGGAAACACAUCACAGCAUGAGAGGAGGAUCUAUGCAUCUGUAGCUGCUGAAGAUGUUGUGGUGGUGACGAACAAAUGUAAAGGCACAUCAUCCAAAGCUGCUGGUGAACCUUGGGCUGAAGGUCCUUCCAAAGAACUUGUUGAGUGUAAGAGAGAACGCGAAAAUGAUAGUAUGAGAAGAUCAUUCAUGAAUGUUGCAACAGCAGUAUCUGGUGAUGUUACCAUAAAAGGUAAGACAAUGUUGACAGCUAGAAAAACAGUCAAGCCACCUAUCAGAGAAAUGCAUAAGCCUCCACAGGACACUAUGCAUAGACCCUUCUCCAAGGGCAAAGAGGAAUCUCAUGCAACUGAUAGUGCUUCCUUUGGUCCUAGGAAGAGGUUGAAGGUAAAAUGUACGGCUCAAAGUAAGCAUAUUCCUGUGAAGAUUGCCUCUACUUCAGGAUUGGUUAGCAAGGAGAACCUUAUGCAUGAAAAGGCUUUGAACUUGGAAAAUGAUGAUAUUUUGAGGGCGCUAUCUGUUCAUGAUGAUGGAAAUCUUGAGUUGUAUAUCAAUUUUCCCUCAAUCGUUCAAUGGCACAGGCAAUAUGGAAACCAGAUUGCUGAUGAUCGGGGCAAAAUCAGGAUGCUGUGCAGGAGGUUUCAGUUUAUAUGCAGAUGUCUUGUACAAGCUGUCGAACAGGGUUCAUUGAAGGUUCGAAGGGUAGACCUUGAAGCUGAUAAAAUCAUCAGGAAAUUGCCAGGCUUUACCAAACCUGGGCCUACUGUGGGAAAUGUUCGUGGAGUUGAAGUGGGUGACGAAUUUCUAUACAGAGUUGAGCUAGCCAUGGUUGGUCUCCACCGCCCAUACCAGGGAGGAAUUGAUACCACCGAUCAUAAUGGAGUGCUUGUUGCAAUAAGCAUCGUUGCUUCUGGAGGUUAUCCUGAUGAACUGUCAAGCUCAGGUGAACUAAUAUACACCGGUUCUGGAGGAAAACCUGCUGGUAAGAAGAAAGAUGAGGAUCAAAAGCUAGAGCGGGGGAACCUUGCCUUGAAAAAUUGCAUCAAGACAAAGACACCUGUCCGAGUGAUUCAUGGCUUCAAAGGUCAAAAUAGAGAGGACGACAGUCAUUCAAAGGCUAGACAAAUCUCAACAUUUACCUAUGAUGGGCUGUAUCUCGUGGUGGAUUGCUGGAAAGAAGGUCUGAAGGGUUCAAGGGUCUUCAAAUAUAGACUACAAAGGAUUCCCGGACAACCAAAACUUCCUCUGCACAUAGCUAAAGGGCUGAGGACGUCUGUAUCUCGUCCAGGCCUCUGCAUAGCUGAUAUGUCUCGAGGGAAAGAGAUGGUUCCCAUUUGUGUGAUCAAUGAUGUUGAUAAUGUCUAUCCAGCAACUUUUCAGUACAUCUCUAAAAUCAAGUACCCGUCCUGUCUUACAAAAAGACGUCCUCAGCAUCAUGGUUGUGAUUGCACAGAUGGCUGCAUAGAUUCUGCUAAGUGCUCUUGUGCAGUGAAGAAUGGAGGGAAAAUCCCAUUUAACUUCAAUGGUGCAAUUGUCCAUGAUAAACCCCUCAUAUUUGAGUGUGGUCCAUCCUGCAAGUGUCAUUCUUCAUGCCACAACAGGGUGAGUCAGAAGGGUUUGAAAAUACCACUUGAAGUUUUCAGGACAGCCAGUACAGGUUGGGGUGUAAGAUCCCUAAGGUCCAUCUCUUCUGGCAGCUUUGUAUGUGAGUAUGUUGGUAUCGUGUUGACUGGCAAGGAAGGUGAUAAGAGAACAAACAUUGAAUACUUGUUUGAUAUAAGCCAUAACUAUGACGAUGAGGAUCACUCGAAAGGGAGGCCAUCAACUAUUUCUGGUCAAAACUCUUUUGGUGCUUGCUGUCAGACCAUGGAAGAUGUGGGGUUCACAAUAGAUGCAUCUGAGUAUGGAAAUAUUGGAAGAUUCAUCAACCAUAGUUGUUCGCCUAACCUCUAUGCACAAAAUGUGCUUUGGGAUCAUGAUGACCAAAGGUUGCCCCAUAUCAUGUUCUUUGCUGUGGAGAAUAUUCCACCACUUCAAGAGCUCACUUAUGAUUAUAACUUCAAAAUAGGUGGAGUCCAUGACCAGAAUGGCAGAGUAAAAGUUAAAGAUUGCCAUUGUGGUUCUCCUCAAUGCCGCGGGAGGCUCUAUUAAGGCAUGGUUGACUGAUAGUAGUAUAUUACUAGGUUGUGUUUUUUUCCUCUUUGAAACAAAACCGUCUGUAAAUUUAGUUUUUUCUUAUUGCCAUUUAAUAACUUUGUAGAUAACAUACAGAUAAAAUGUGUUGCUGGUAAAAAGCAGCGAGGGCUGCUUGUGGUCUGUAUACCUGUCUUCCUACUACAAGAAAAAAUAGUGUGCUUUCUAGAGCAUGUUAGGUAUAUUUGCUCGUCUUCAUUAGAUGAUAUCUCGUGAUAUAUUCUUGCA